CAUGCUAGCUUGCUUGCUAGCUUGUGAAUGAACCUUCGGGUAGAAGGAGGAAGACUGCAAGAGGAGGAGUACUGCAGGAAUAUGUUUUAACAAGGAUACGAAAACGCUACAGUCCAGCGGAACAGCGCCAGGACGAAAAGGCACAGUCACAGGAGCGAAAUAGGCCUGAGUGACUUAAUAAUUGACUUAAUAAACGGUUAAUCAUUUAAAUUCAAAGGUUUUAACUUUUUUGACCGUUUAAACAAGAGAGAAAUGUGAGAAAAUGUUAUUGCCUGUCUGAGGAACGUGUAUAAAGUGUGUAUGGUGAGAGGUUUUACAGCCUUAACACAUAUAUAGUCAUUGUAAAAAAAAAAUAUACAAAAAAUGAAAUUGGCUACUUCGCGGAUUUCACUUAUUGGGAACCUGAUGUCCGCGAUAAACGAGGGAACACUACUACAAAUUAUUCACAGCAUCUUUGAAUUAAUCUUCUGAAUGCCUUAUAUAUGUAUUUUAGUUUAUUUAGCCAUUUUUAUGCUUGAAUAUGCUUAAUUUAGGCAAAACAUAUGUUAAAUCUUCUUCAAUAUACAUUUUUUUUACUAGUAGCUGCAAAAUUUGAACCUCAAAGUGGUGAAGGACAGCUGUACAGUAUAUUUAGAUUAUCUAUACAACCUUUGUAUACUUGAUUAUCUACUUGGUACUGUUUUUUACUUGGCCUCUGAUUUCAAAAGUGGUUGUUAAUUUGUUGGCAAAAAUACAUAACAAUCAAAUGCAGGCGCGUUUACCAGAAGGUAAGAAUAUGAUGUAGCGUACUGAAGAUGUCAUGUAAUGGAAGAUGAUUCAUGAACAGAUGGAAUCGGAAUCAUGAUGCAAAAGUUAUAUAUGUUUCACUUUUGCACCUCACAGUAACUAUGGUGCAUUGAAGGACCUUUGAAAAAAUAUAAUAAGAGGUGUUAAUGAACCGUCCUCUCAUUUUAAUUAGUAAUUCAAUCAGCUUACCUCUUCUUUUUCAGUUAAUUCAAUAGUAAAAUGUUGCAAAUGUGUGCCAAAAAAAAUAACAACAUUCUGCUCUUCCUUUGCAGGCGGCUGUUUGCUUUGUUUGAGGUGAAGAGCAAACAUCUGCGACACUCGCUGUGCAUCACAAGCGUGCAGAUGAAUUCAGUGGCUGGUGGUUUGGGAGAUGAUGGACCUGCUGAGGUGUUCCCGAGGUAUGACCACCUUGACCAGCUGGCACAGAGUGCACGGAGCCCUGUGGAUCAACCUGAGCAGGUUCCUCCUGAACUUCUCCCCCACAAAGACGUAGAGCACAGGGUUGAGGCAGCUGUGGAGAUGUGCAGCAGCUCCAGCGCUUUGAAGAAGGACGCCACGUUGUAGGGCACCCAGCAGAAGAUGAAGACAGCCACCACCAUGAGAACUAAAUGGAUGGCCUGCCUCUUGGACGACUGAGUGGAAAGCAGCCGCCGGAUGAUUUGUGAAACCACGGUGGAUUUCCAGACUCUUUAGGAUAAGUAGCGGAGCUUUGGAGCACAUCUUGAGCGCCGCAAUCUUCUCCUCAAACUGGAUUUCACCGCAAUGACAGAAUCUUCAGAACCGAUUUCUGGGAGAAUGAAGGCACGUGCACCACCUCCACCACAGGCCCCUCAACCUGCUCCUCGUCACAUCUUUACACAUCCUGUACCUGAUGGGGGUGGAACACAGGGCAUGGACUUCAGAGAGAACAUGAUGAGACUGACAGUGCAUUUCGAGUUGACGCUACCGCAAGGCUACCGGACAUCUGUAACUGAGGAUGGAAGUAAGGCGCUGAUGGACUUGCUGGUUGACCUGUGUAGCCGCUACCAUCUGAAUCCAGCACUGCACACCCUGGAGCUCUUGUCGCCCGAAGGCCACUCUUUGGGGUUCAAGCCCAACCUACUGCUGGGUUCCCUCAAUGUUGCCUUUGUCCUCAUCAAAGAGAAAACCUACGAAGAGAAAGCGGUGCGCAGACCGGCACCUAAACUCCCUGAGAAAACAGUGCGUUUGAUGGUGAACUAUCACGGCGGCCAGAAGGCAGUGGUACGGGUCAACCCGUUUGUACCACUCCAGGCACUGAUACCAGUAAUUUGUGAGAAGUGCGAGUUUGACCCGAGACGUGUACAGCUCCUGAAGGACGGCGCCAGUCGCGAAGAGUUACCACUGGACAAAUCUUUAGCACAACUGGGAAUCAAAGAGCUCUAUGUUCUUGAUCAGAAUCUAGUUCUGCAGCCAAAAAUGGCUUCCACUCCUGCUCUAAACUAUUCAGGUUUCUCAGGUUUCUGUUUUGCAGGCUCCAUCAGCUCCACCAGUUUAGACAGGGGGAGUAAGAAAGGCCUUUUUGGAUUAUUCCAGUUUGGCCGGAGGAAGUCCAAGACAGAGACAACCUCUUUGGGCAUGGAUGACCCCCAUGAUAAAGUAACUCAAUAUGCAGACCAAAGCUCCUGUGGACUGUCCACACUCAGAGGACUUCCAGGCACAGAGAAUCAGUCAUACACCUUGAACCAGUCUCAGUCAGUCAUGAAUGUCUUCAGGACAUCUCCCAAGCUUGACACUAAGAAGCGGAGGGCUCCAGCACCACCACCAGUGCCACUGACAUCCUCUACGGAACACAGUAAUUUGGAGGCUUAUCAGACGGGGUAUGGCUCAGAAAGUCAGCAGAGGAAAAGAAAAGCUCCAGCUCCUCCUUCCACUCCAGGUUCCAUCACCCCAAACGACCUUGAUGCGUCUACUUCUGCCACGCCCACCCCUGAUAACCAUACAAGUGUAAAACCUUCUCCAGCUUUGCACACCAAGAUGACCCAGUCAAACACAGUCACCUCCACCUCUGUCACAGCAGUGAGGCCACAGUCCCUGAGGAUUGGGGUUCAACCUCCAUCUAUCUUCAGCGGUGCCCCGAAAAGAGGUUCCCUAACUCCAAGCAGCAGUACUUCCGACAGCCAAGUUAUUCAGGAUUCCAGCUCUGAACUCAGCCACAGCCUUGAUGACUCUGAUCUUGACACAGAUGACACUAUAUCCCACUAUAGUACACUCACCAGCAGCAAUGCAAGCGGGUCAGCGCAGAUCCAAGCUCCCGCAAAAGCAUCUAACACAAUGAAGGCUAGCAAUAAAUCUAGCAAAUCAGUGGUGGCUUCAACGAGCAUCUCCAGGACAGAGAGUGUGUCAGUCCUCAGACCAGAUGAAGUUGAGAACAACAGACACAACGCAAUGGAGACAGCUGAUCUGCCAGCUCCACCCAAGCCCCGUCGUUCCCCGGACCGGGAACACUCUACCGUGUCUACCCCUUCCCUGCACUCCCCUUCAGUUGAACCCAUAGAAAGCAGCUCCCCACGGAGCACCGUGGAAAAGGAGGACACUGCUCCCCAGUCCUGGCUGCACUCUAUGCAGAGCACUGCAGCUCACGUCAAGUUCCCAGAAAAUAAAACCCCUGAGGAAGAGAGACUGUCCCUGGGAAGCAGCAGUAGCAGUGGCAGCAGCCUACCAGAUCAAGGUUAUGCCGCUUCUGAGGGAAUGGUAGAUGGUGAGGACUCAGGCCUGGUGAGCUCUCCAUCUGACACCUAUCCCACAUCCCCAGAGGGUAGUUUGUUUUUGGAGAGAAGUUGUAAAGCCAGACGAGAGAGACAGCCUGGACCAAUCAGGGACAUUUCCAGUGACAGCGAUGAAGGCUGUGCCACCUGGAAUUCAAACGACAGUUGCAUCAAACUCCAGGCAAAGUCAGGCAGAAUAAAAAGUACCUAUGAAGAAAAAUAUAAAUGGCUCCAUCAGACCAACUUGGCGGCAGACCAUUCAGCUAUUUAUAGGGUGCCUGUGCCUGCAGUGGACAUGGAUAUACCAGUCACCGUUAUAGAUGAAAUAGCGGAUGACCAUAAACCUUGUGGAGAGGAAAAUACGGCAACAGUACUCACUGACAUGAUGUUGUCUCACAGUAAAGGUUCAGAGGGUGCUGCAGAGUGGCACAACAAAAACAAUAACGCUUGCAUAGCUGCUUCUACUAAAAGCAAUGCCAAGCACGUAUCUAAACCUGAACAGUAUAGAAUGCCACUGGAAAAGGGGGCAAGUGUUAAUACAAAGGAAAACAUGAUUUAUAAAAGAACACAAGAACAGAUGACUGCAGAUGUGAAAGAGGAUGAUGAGAAACGAUCAUUUGCAGUCGAAGAUUUUGAGUCCCAGAAACAGAGUAACAACAUGAUAAAACAUCAAAGUCUCAGAUCUGAUCUAAAGAGUAAUGCGGAUUGUUUACCUGAAGACAGUCCUGUUCUACCCCAUGCUAGCCAGCGAUCACUGCCCACAGAAUACCAGAAUAACUCCAGCUCUAAUGUUUUGCAAAGGAAAGUUACUUGCAAUCCCACCUCUCGAUUUGGUAUGAAAACAUUCACUGUUGUUCCUCCCAAACCCUCUGUCAUGCAAGGUGCUACGCAAAAUGCAUCUGCCACAUUAACUGCUGGUGCCAUUAAGAUUGACGAGCAAGGAAAUAUCAUGAAAUGUGGCAGUGGCCACCACAGCAAAGGAGUUGAUCCGACACAAUCUGGGAUUACCAGCAGCGAUGAGUCUCCUCUCUUAGGAAAAGCCAAAGCUUUUUGGAGCUAUAGUGAAAGACAAGAAUGUGCUGGUCCUCGUAGCAAAGGUGUGACUGACAAGGCAAAGGAGAGCUUGGAGAACUUGAAAACUUCAGAAACUACGAUGAGCAAUGAUAGAAAAGAACUUUUGAAAACCCAACAUAAACUGAAUGAUCCUACGGCGUGUACCCAGUUGGAAGAGACAGAUCGUAAAAUGAACGAAUCAACGAAUAGUGUCUUUACAAAACAGCAACAUGCAGAAAUUGCUAAUAUUUCAGUACCCGGAAGUAUUAAGCAGCCACCACUCACUCCAGACCUUCACACCUUCCUCAAAACAACCCGAUGUACCUCCAGUCAAUAUGUGGCCUCUGCUAUUAAUAAGUACACCCCUAAGACCGCCACGAAAACCAACAUUGUGUCUUUCCCUUCCCAGUCCAGUCCUUUAACACAGCCCAAUGUUGCCUUCCGUUCACUGGGUCACUCUAUACAAGUGAAUCCACGACAGUCCUCUAAGAUCUCUUUGAUCGAUAAUAAGUUGGGUAAAUCUGGUCUUUACCACCCUGGUCCUGUGAGGUCUAAGAGCUACCCUGAAUUUAUGUCAGAUAGUCAGAGACAAAUCAGAGAAGACAAGGAAGGAAAUGGUGUUGAAUCCACACAAGGAAGUUCCUGUUCACAAGGGCUAGUGUCUGACAAAAUUAAACACUUUCAGUCAUGUGGUCCCACUCAAACAACCAUGACUGAUGGCAGUAUUAGACAAGCUAAUAAUUAUUGGUGUAGAAGCCCCAUGGCUUCACAGAGGAGUCAUCUUCAGUCAAACUCGUGUCUAACAGCCGCUGUUGCAAAACCGGAACCAUCACGUAGAAUGUCGGACAGUGCUGUCACCCAAGGAUCUCCACCUGUGAACAUAUUUGGACCAGUUAAAAAGUUUAAGCCAGUCAUCUGUAGAUCUUUUGAGAGACCGACCUCUCUGCACACCAACCUAAUGGAGGCCAUCCAAACAAGUGGUGGCAGGGACAGCCUCAAGAAGAUAACCUCAUCUGGUGGCAGAAGCAAGGAGGCCUUUUCUGAUGAGAGUGAGAGGUCUGCUCUUCUUGCUGCUAUUCGAGCCCAGAGCUUCUCCGAAAGGCUAAGAAAGACUAAAUCAGAGGCUGCUGAUGAGCUACAGAGGUUCAGAAUGGCAGCUACUGAAGAGGAACAAAGGGGAGAUGUUCCCUCCUCUCCUUCAGCAGUUUCUUUGACGUGCCCUUCUCCUUCUCCUCCCCCCUUCUUGCACCAAGCUAAGCAUACCGCUGUAGCACAUCCAAGUGCAAAUGCCCUCAUGAACCCCGCCAUGGCCAGGGAGGCUAUGAUGGAGGCCAUCCGCUCUGGAUCAGCUGCAGAAAAGCUAAAAAAGGUUGCAGUGCCCACAAAGACAGUCCAAGUGAAUGGCAGACUGGGAACAAUCCAUUCAAACACCUCCAAGCUCUCACAAUAACCAUGCCAUCAAAACAAGAAAUAUUGACUUUUUUUAGGUUGUUCUUUUACGACAGUGCAUUGGAUUGGAAGGUCACUCUAUGCCUGUGUCAGUGACCUUAAACGUGUGAAUAAGGCAGAUGUAAAGAACAAAAAAAUAAAGAAAAUUACAAAAAAGUGUGGAUCUGGAAGUAAGAACAUGACAGGAAAGAGCUGGUUUAAGAAUGCUAAACUUUCCAGGUGAAAGGUUUGAUGUUUUUCAUUUGUAAAAUCAGAUCAGUCAGCUGAAAGUCUUCGGGGCUAUGUGUCCAUCUUGAUCUUGGAACACCAACUUGCUUGCGCUUGUGGACUUUUCACUGGAACGUUUGACAAAAACAAGUGCCAAUGAAAGCAGAGUAUGUCACAUGGUUUGUGCAACUUCCAUAGCCUGUUCUUUUCCUUUUGUUUACCACAGCUGAGAUUUGGAUGCCUUGUGCUGUUGCUCAGUGUUACGUACACAAAGUUUGCUGUAAAAUUCCAAAUGUGGUGCAAUAGGUUGACUUUCAUUUUAGUUAUUAGAGCUCGUAAAGAAUGCCAACUUACAAGAGGAGUAAAAUUGUUGUAAUCUACAAGUGCCUGUUAUUUUGUUAUGCUACUGUUUGAAUUUAGAUACAUGCACAUGGUCAGUGUUGAGCAGCCAUGUUUAUAUUGAAUUAUAUACAGGAGAGUAUGAAAUGUGAAAUUUAACCUGCCCUUAAUGUUAAAUCUUAUUUUUUUAAAGACGUUUAUUCAAAUGUUCAACAUGGGCAGAGAGAUUAGUUCAUGAACAAAUACCACAAUACUAGUGUGUGAUGGCUUUGUCAGCAGUGUCUUCCAGUUACUGUGUUUGUGUUCACAUGUUUCACUGCUGUAUGAAAGGUUAACAGUUUGGAGUAGCUGUAUUUGAUUUGGGGAAAACCUGGCUGCCAUUGAUGAUUUGGGGUUUUAGAACUAUAUUGAAUCAGUUUUUAGUUGUCCAUAUUAAGUUUUACAUGCUUGCUGCUGUAAUAAACAAUACAUUUAAGUGAAGGGAUUUCAUAUAGCGAAUGUUCAGUUUUCUUUUGAUUUAUCCAGAGAAUAAAAAGCCUGUUUUGUUUCAUUCUCUUACUGAUUUGUUUAUGCUAGAGAUGGAAAAGCCCACUGCUCAAUUUAGCUUUUAUUUAUUUUGUAAACUAUUGAAAAUGACUAUUUUGACUAAUUGACUAUUGAUUAUGGUAAAUCUUGAUGAAAUGUUAUUUCGCUGGUGGGUGUGGAUUUAUAUGAACUUCUGCUUUUUAUGUUUAUCUGAGAAGGUUGCACACUUACUUUGUCUACCUAAUGUUUGAAUAAAUGACUUUGUAAUCAAGCAAUGUCUUCAAAUUAGCAAUUGUGAGACGGAGUAAUUGUAAAAGCAUCACUGGGAAGUUUAUUGUGCCAUUUCCAAGAGUAAGGGUUGAUACUUCUCAUCUGCUGCCCUAUAAAUAUACUCUUUCAACAUCUCUCUUUCUGGACCGACCACAGUCGAGUUGCUUUUCCCGGCAGCAGCUCGGCACCCUGACUCAUCACUGUGGCUGCACAAAAUGACUCCUCCAGAGGUUUUACUCCAGCACGGCAUGUGAUUCUUCCAGAUAGAACAACCAUAAAUGUGCAAAAUCUAUUGUCAUUUACUUACAUACUCAUCAUAGAGUGUUAUCUUAAUUUUAACCAUUUUGUUUUUACAA